AAGGAACUGACGGUUCAGGCUUCCUUCGAAUACAAAUCUCGCCGUUGAAACGAAGAUAUGAGUAAGAGCGCCACAGACGUAUUCAAACUCAGAAUUUUACGGAGUGUAAGAUUCAAUCAAAGAAACGGCUAUGGCUUCCGAAGCGAUGGAACUGAAUGGAAUUGCGACCAGUGGCGAUACAGGGGAGAUUUGUUCUUGCAAUGCCACAACACAUUACAGGGAUGCAAACUCAUGAGGGGCGAAAAAGCAUCCUCGGCCGAGCAGCUGGUCAAGGAACACCCAAAUUAACAUGAACCAUUAUGCCAAUAAAAAGAGUGCAGCAGAGAGCAUGCUGGAUAUAGCACUAUUGAUGGCCAACGCGUCCCAGCUGAAGACCAUCCUAGAGCUGGGUCCCGGUUUCUCCUUCUACAUUCCUCUCAUCACCCUCAUCAGCAUCUCUCUCACCCUUCAGAUCAUCGUGGGGGUUUUACUCAUCUUCUUAGUGAAGUGGAAUCUGAACGACACAAGUAAACACUACAUACUGAAUCUACUAGAGAACAUUGUCACAGCGCUCGUCUUCAUCAUCAUAGUAGUAAACAUUUUCAUCACAGCAUUCGGUGUCCAAAGACCAGAAGAAAGUGUAACCAAAACUCAUGUCAGAUAACA